GCAGCAUUGUGUGGUCACGUUAUCAUCCAGUCUGAUGGGCAGCCAGUAACUAGAAGCAGUGCCAAAAGAAGAAGGAAAAGUGGCUCAGAUCAAAAUGGACCCUUCUGAAGAAAGCGAUGAUCGCCUGCCUUUGACAGUGGCCAGGAUUUUGGUUUGUGUGGUUCUGACCGUGGCGUUUGCCAUCGGCAUCCCCGGGAACGCCUUUGUCGUCUGGACCAUUUGUAGACGAAUGAAGCAACGGCCAUCGACAGUGGUGCUGAUCCUACAUCUUGCCGUCGCCGACCUUUUGGUCCUUGUGACCAUGCCGAUCUGGAUUUAUUCCUUCGCCCACAGCUGGGUCUUCAACGUUGUGAUGUGCAAAGCCCUGGUGUUUGCCGUCUACUGCAGCAUGUACGCCAGCAUUUUCCUCAUCACGGCCCUGAGCCUUGAGCGGUUCAUGGCAGUCUUUUACCCCUUUGCUGUCCGAUGCUGGAAGAAGAAGGUUGUCACCUUCCUAGUGGUGUCCGGCAUUUGGGUCCUCUCCAUUGCUUUUGGAGCCACGAUUAUCCCCUUCCAGGAGACGGAUGAGACGGAGAUGGGCCUCCAAUGUGCAGCUCGUAGAUAUGACUCCAAUGCUCAAGAGGUUGCCUGUCUCUUGGUGGAGACCACCGUUGCCUUCCUCAUCCCUUUCACCAUCAUCUUCAUCUGCUAUGUCUCCAUCGGCAGGAGAAUUGGUCGAAUGGCUUGUCCUUCCAAGAGGAGAUCCGCAAAGCUCAUCGCUUCGGUGGUGGUUGCUUUUGGCCUCUGUUGGCUUCCUCACCAUAUCUUUAACCUGAUAAGCGUUGCUUCCGUUCUGAUGGAGGAUUCCCAUCCAGAAACGUCGGCCGCCCUGGAGAAGAUGAUUGCCAUCGGUGUCUACGUCGCCGGCUCCGUUGCCUUUAUUAGCAGCUGCAUCAACCCUCUCCUUUACGCUUUUGCAGCCAGGAACUUCCGCAGCAGCGUCAGAUUUGUGAAGUUAUCCAGGCUCUUCGAACAGAUGAGCCCUUCAGUUAAAGAAGCACCGUCACCAAAUAGGAAAGAGGAGACUUUGACAACCGUGGAGACAAUCUAAAGAAAGGUAUGGGAGGAAAUGAGAUUUGGACUCCUCUACGCCAACCUUUACAGUUGAGUUAAAUUUACCAUUGUAUCAUAAAGUCCUACGAGAUUUACCAAGUUGCAUCAUUUGGCCUUUUUCAUGGCAACCUUCACAGCCAUGUGAGACUGACAAAGUUGCAUUGUAACUUUAGACCAGGGGUCCUCAAACUAAGGCCCAGGAGCCUGGCCCCUGUCCUAAACUUCAGACUUAGGGUUGACCUAAGUCUACCUGGUCUUUGGAGGUCUCUUUGCUUACUUAUAGCCUUAUGAGAUCGUCUAGAUGGUCUUUGAAGGUCUCUUUGCUUACCUAGGGUCUUAUGAGAUCAUCUAGAUCAGGGGUCCCCAAACUAAGGCCCAUAGACCGGAUGCCCCCCAAGGUCAUUGACCUGGCCUCUGUCCUAAACUUUAGACUUAGGGUUGACCUAAGUCUGAAACGACUUGAAGGCACACAACAACAACAAUCCUAAUUUUGGACUAUUUCAUCCUAGUCCGGUCUCCCAACUGUCUGAGGGACUGUGAAUCGGCCCUCCAUUUAAAAAGUUUGAGGACCCCUGCUUUAGACUUUUCAACUCAUUAGUUAAACUUGGCUUCUAUUCAAAGUGCUCUUGUGACCUAGAAAUCCACCUAUGGCUCAAUUCCAGGAUACCUGAAGGUCCUUAUUCUCCUUUUGGGACUCAUGGGAGACCUUUUUCUCCAUCCCAUAGCCUUCAUAGUUAUACAUCGUAAGGACAUAAGGCUUUCUCAUUGGCUGCUUCCAGAUUUUCGAACUCAUUUUUGAGAGAGAUUAGACUGGGCUCCUCUUUGGCAUCCUACCGGCAGUGGAUGAAGACUUGCUUGUUUCAAUAGACCUUUGGGAACUGACUGCUUCAGGAAAAAGGCAUUUAAUAUUGCAGAGUAUGACCCCCGUAUCCACAAGAGACACGGUCUCAAGCAUGUGACAUUGUGGAUAAUAGCAAACCCUAUUAUUUCCAACGGGAUAAACAAUGAAUGGACCAAGAAGAGAGUGUAGCUUGUGCAGAAACUAAGCAAAUAACCAAAUACUGUAAGUGAAACUGUGGAUAACAGUUCUGCGGAUACAAGAGUUGUACUAUAUUUUUAGGAUGUUGAUAGUUAUGUUUUUCAGACUGUUUUCAAUUCUAUCGGAGUGCAUCUUCACUGUUGAAUUAAUGUAGCUUGGUGCCACCUUAACUGUCAUAGUUCAAUGGUAUGAAAUCAUUGGGAGUGAAAUUAUCACUCCCAGGAUUCCGUACCCAUAGGAGUUAAAGCGGUAUCAAACUGCAUUAAUUCUACAGUAUAGAUGCACCACUAAUUACAAAAUAGAAGCAAUUGCAAUUGCUUUUAAUUUAAACUCUAAAGCUUCUUUUGGCAGAAUUAGAUCUUUAGCUUCUAUGUGUUUUUAGUGAUGCAAAUAUUUGUCAUUUUAAUCACUUAUAAGCCACUUUCAGUCCCAGAUCUAGGGGAAAGAUAGGAUACAAAGGCAUUAAAUAGUAACAAAUGUUACUAUUCAAUCAAAUGUCUGUAUUAUUUAUGUUUGGAAAUACAGUAGAGUCUCACUUAUCCAAGCUAAACGGGCCGGCAGAAGCUUAGAUAAGCGAAUAUCUUGGAUUAUAAGGACUGAUCAAGGAAAAGCCUAUUAAACAUCAAAUUAGGUUAUGAUUUUACAAAUUAAGCACAAAAACUUCAUGUUAUACAACAAAUUUGACAGAAAAAGUAGUUCAAUACGCAGUAAUGUUAUGUUGUAAUUACUGUAUUUACGAAUUUAGCACCAAAAUAUCACGAUAUAUUGGAAACAUUGACUACAAAAAUGGCUUGGAUUAUCCAGAGGCUUGGAUAAGCGAGGCUUGGAUAAGUGAGACUCUACUGUACAGUAGAGUCUCACUUAUCCAAGCUAAACGGGCCGGCAGAAGCUUGGAUAAGCGAAUAUCUUGGAUAAUAAGGAGGGAUUAAGGAUAAGCCUAUUAAACAUCAAAUUAGGUUAUGAUUUUACAAAUUAAGCACCAAAACAUCAUGUUUUACAACAAAUUUGACAGAAAAAGCAGUUCAAUACACAGUAAUGUUAUGUUGUAAUUACUGUAUUUACGAAUUUAGCACCAAAAUAUCACGAUAUAUUGGAAACAUUGACUACAAAAAUGGCUUGGAUUAUCCAGAGGCUUGGAUAAGCGAGGCUUGGAUAAGUGAGACUCUACUGUACAGUACCAAUAAAAAAUAUAUAUUAAAAAUUGUAACAAAUGCAUUUAGUAGUAGUAGUAGUAGUAAUAAACAAAGAAGAAGAAAUAUUUAAAAAGCCAGUUUUUAAUCAUGCAAAACUUUUUUCUCCAUGCUCUGCUCUGCCAGCAAAAUAACAAUAAAUAACAAAACAGUA